AUGCUCGCCCUGUCGUUAUUGCUAGGUGCCGCGGGGGUUAAGGCGAUGCUCGGCAUUAAAGUUUCGACUGUCCAGCUCUCAGACAAUGAAAUAUUUUGUUCUGACAAUUGUGCCUUUAGCGGCACUUACUUUGGGGACGAUGGGAGUGUGUGCCCGGAGAAGGAAAUUGUUGUCCAAUUGGAUGACAAGGGCGUUGAGAACCCCGAACCCUACAAGUACGUCUGUGCAGAAGCCGCAUCAAAGACGCCCGGCUGGUCGGUGCGCCCGCGCAAGAACGGAGAAGAACCACCAAGUUGCGAUGUUCAAGAAGUAACUAAAUCGUUGCCCAUGGACGCCCAGUGUAUCAGUAACAAGCAAUUUGGCAGUUCUGGAAAGCUAGAGGUAGCUCAAUGGUCAGAUUUGAAAAAGCAGCUGGAAUUGGCCUCGGCAGGCCAAGAGGGCGACAAAGUUGACAAAUCUACUUCCAACAAGGCCCCCAAACAAGAGAAUACCCUAGAGAAUUUGAAAAGGGAAAUAAAGAAGGCGUGCUGUUUUAGGGCAUUGUCUGUAGGCCAAUGCAGGAGGGCCGAGGGCCAAUGUAUCCAUGCAUGCAGCCAGAAGGAAUCGCGGGACUGCCCUCGCAAGAGCCAAGAGCAGCCAACCGUCGAGGAACUUGCCCAGUGCGUGGAAAAGGUGGAAGUCGGCGACCGUUUCGCCGAUGCGGAGGACUUACAAAAGGCGGCUUGCGACAAGGGAAGCCUCUCCAAGAGGGCCUAG